GAGGGGAAUCUCCAGAAGGGCCCUUCCCGCUGCUCCCCAGGAGCCUCUCCCAGGCCAGGGCAGAGCCCCCAGCCCGGCCUGGUCCCUGCCCCGGGGGGCCCCGCUCGGAGGGAAGGCUGAGGAAUUGCAUCCAUAUUUCGCUCCAGAUCGUCCCAUCUUCCAGGGGACAGGGAAGGGAAAUGGCUGUGAUGGAGCCAGCUCAGAUGCUGGUGACUUUCAAGGAGGUGGCUGUGUAUUUCACCCAGGGGCAGGGGGCUCUGCUGGACCCUACUCAGAGAGCCCUCUACAGGGAUGUCAUGCAGGAGAACUUCGAGAUGGUGGCCUCACUGGGAUUUCCCAUUCCAAAACCUGACCUGAUCGCCCGGCUGGAACGAGGGGAAGAGCCGUGGGUCCCGGAUAUUCAGAUCUCUGAGGAAUCGGAGAUCCCAAGAGGCAGCUGCAGAGCAGUUCAUGAGAUGAUGAUGAGUGAGAACAAGGAGAAGAAUCCACCAGAGGAAGAUCCCGAGCAAGUGGAACUGCAGGGGAACUUUUUGAGAGGAGCUGAAGAGAAUUUUUCCCAAUCCUUGGAACAGGGAAAAGCUUGGAGGAGUCAGCAGAGAUCAGAGAGGCAGCUGGAAAACCACCCAAUAAAGAAAGAGGAUGAAUCCGUUGAAGGUCGAGCAGGAUGCAAGGACUUCAGGAAAACCACAGCCCUGCAGACCAAUCACAAGGAAGGGAAACCUUAUAAGUGUCUCAACUGUGGGAAAAGCUUCAAUCAGAAAUCAAACCUUAUCACUCAUCAGAGAAUCCACACAGGAGAGAGACCUUAUAAAUGCCUGGACUGUGGGAAAAGCUUCAGUCAGAGCUCACACCUUAUUGCGCAUCAGAGAGUACACACAGGAGAGAGACCCUAUAAGUGUCUCAACUGUGGGAACAGUUUUGCCCAGAGAUCCAUCCUUAUCAGACAUCAGAGAAUCCACACUGGAGCUAAACCUCACAAAUGCCUCGACUGUGGGAAAAGUUUCGCUCACAGAUCAACCCUUAGUUCACAUGAGAAAAUCCACACAGGAGAGAAACCCCACAAGUGCUUGGACUGUGGGAAAAGCUUCAUUCAGCGAUCAGCCCUUACUACACACCAGAAAAUCCACACAGGAAAAAAAGUCUACAAAUGUUUGGACUGUGGGGAAAGUUUUACUCAGCGAUCAAACCUGAUUUCACAUGAGAUCGUCCACAAAGGAGAGAAACCCCAUAAAUGCUUGGAUUGUGGGAAAAGCUUCCGUGACAGCACAGACCUUCUUAAACAUCAGAGAAUCCACACAGGAGAGAGAAUCUACAAAUGCCCUGACUGUGGGAAAAGUUUCACUCAGAGAUCAACCCUUACGAGACAUCAGAAAAUCCACACUGGAGAUAAACCCCACAAAUGCUUCUACUGCGGGAAAAGCUUCAUUCGUAGAUCAGCCCUUACUACACACCAGAAAAUUCACACAGGAGAGAAACUCUAUAAAUGCUUGGACUGUGGGGAAAGUUUCACUCAGCAAUCAAAUCUGAUUUUACAUGAGAUUAUCCAUAAAAGAGAGAAACCCCAUAGAUGGUUGGAUUGUGGGAAAAGUUUCAUUCAGAGUUCAAAACUGAUUUCACGUGAUAUGAGCCACAAAAGAGAGAAACCCCAUAAAUGCUUGGAUUGUGGGAAAGGCUUCCGUGACAGCUCAGACCUGCUUAAACACCAGAGAAUACACACAGGAGAGAGAAUCUACAAAUGCCUGGACUGUGGGAAAAGUUUCACUCAGAGAUCAACUCUUACCAGACAUCAGAAGAUCCAUGCCGGAGACAAACCCCACAAAUGCCUCAACUGUGGGAAAAGUUUCACUCAGAGAUCAACCCAUAUUAGACAUCAGAAAAUCCAUACUGGAGAUAAAUCUCACAAAUGUCUCAACUACAAGGAAAAGUUUCAUACAGAGAUCAAACCUAAUUUCACGUGAGAUGAUCUACAAAAGAGAGGAAACCCAAAAAGGCUUGAACUGUGGAAAAAGCUUCAAGAACAGCUCAACGCUCACUGAAACAUCGGUGACACCACACAGGAAACAACUCUUAAAAAUACCUUGACUGUGGGAAAAGAUUCAGUCAGAGCUCACCCAUUAUCAUACAUUGAAGGGUCCCCACAAGAGAGAGGCUUUGAAUGUGGGGGAAGCUUCAUCUGGUGCUUUGGAGUAUAAGGCAACAGCAAACCCACCCAGGGUAGAGACCCCUUAGGGCAGGGGUGGGCAAACUAUGGCCCUAGGGCCAGAUCCGGCCCCUCAGGGCUUU